AUGCUGUAUUCUUUAGCAGGAGGAGGCACACUCUGCGGUGUGGCCGCCCUCGUGCUUCUCAUCGUUUCUACGGCAACGGACUUUUGGAUGCAGUAUCGAUACUCGGGGAGCUCAGCCAAUCAGGGGCUUUGGAGAUUUUGCAUAAACCACAAAUGCCAUGCCCACACCAUAACUGUAGCUUUCUGGGAUGCCACACGGGCCUUCAUGUUACUGGCGGUGCUGAGCUGCUUUGCUGGGGUAGUGCUCGGCCUCAGUGCCUUCACUAAUGGCACCAAGAACAGGAGGGUCCGCACAGGAGGCAUCGCCUUGGUGCUGUCAGGUUUCCUUGCUCUGCUAGCUUUGGCAAUUUACACUGGAGUGACUGUCACUUUCUUUGGCAAACGCUUCUUGGACUGGCGCUUUUCCUGGUCCUACAUCAUUGGCUGGGUGGCCAUCAUUCUGGCUUUUGCAGCAGGUGUGUUUCAGCUCUGUGCUUACCAGAGAACCACUGCAGAACCUGCUCCCACUAAUAACGCGGACAGCUGA